AUGUAUGGCUGUGUAGUGCUCUACAAAGGCUACAAAAUAGUGCCCAACAUCCAGCUGACACUUGUUUCCUCAGAAGUUACUGAGAAAAAACUGAGGCAGUUGUGCAUCUCAACACUUUCUGAAAUCUCAACGCCAACCUUAAAAGUGCCAGAAGAUCACAGAAACAAAAGGUUGUUCUUGGUAGCUUUUGAAGCCAACAAUGAAAAUGAUUUCACAUUGUACUUUUUCACAUACAUUUUACUCCUUAAAUGGGCUAAAAUUCACACUGAGAAGGUGGCCACCAGAGGUCUCUGUGCUAAUGCUCAGGCUGAGUCCCUGCAUUACAAGCUCCUGGGAGGCCUUGCUAUGUGUAGAGCCUGCUAUGGUAUCUUCCACUUCGUUUUGGAGAGUGGAGCAAAGGGAUGUGAGGUGGUGGUGUCUGGUAAACUCAGAAGCCAGAGGGCCAAGUCCAUGAAGUUUGUGGAUGGUCUGAUGAUCCAUAGUAGAGACUCCGUCAAAUACUACAUAGACACAGCUAUGCACCAUGUCCUCCUCAGACAGGGUGUAUUGGGAAUUAAAAUCAAAAUAAUGACACCCUGGGACCCAAGUGGCAAGAUUGGCCCCAAGAAGCCCCUGUCUGACCAUGUGAACAUUGUAGAGCCCAAGGAUGAGACUCUUUCUACCACCCCCAUCUCAGAGCAGAACAGUAGGAAGACAGAGAAACCCGCUAUGCUCCAGCCAGUGUCCACUGCAUAA